UGGGAGUUCCAGCCAGUACAAUUUGUUCUCUGCUUGAUUUGCAGGAGCCAAGCAACAAGCGAGUUCGGCCCUUAGCACGGGUCACCUCUCUGGCCAACCUGAUCUCCCCCGUCCGGAAUGGGGCCGUGCGCCGCUUUGGACAGACAAUCCAGUCGUUUGCCCUUCGCAGUGACAGCAAAUCUCCUGGCUGUGCCCAGAAGUCAUGUAGCAGAUCUGCUGCUCCUACUCCCCCUAAAAGAAGAAACAGUGUCCUUUGGUCUGAGAUGUUAGAUGUCAGCAUGAAAGAGUCCCUGAGCACCAAAGAAAUCAAGCGGCAGGAGGCCAUAUAUGAAAUGUCCAGGGGAGAACAGGACCUGAUUGAAGACCUGAAGCUUGCCAGGAAGGCCUACCACGACCCCAUGCUGAAACUCUCCAUCAUGUCUGAGGAAGAACUCACCCACAUAUUUGGGGACUUGGAUUCCUACAUUCCUCUGCAUGAAGACUUACUGGCAAGUUUAGGAGAAGCAACCAAACCAGAUGGAACAGUGGAGCAGAUUGGGCCCAUUCUUGUUAAGUGGUUACCACGACUCCAUGCCUACAAAGGGUACUGCAGCAAUCAGCUGGCAGCCAAAGCUCUCUUGGAUCAGAAGAAGCAGGACAAGAGGGUGCAGGACUUCCUGCAGCGCUGCCUGGAGUCUCCUUUCAGCCGCAAGUUGGACCUUUGGAGCUUCUUGGACAUCCCUCGAAGCCGCCUGGUCAAGUACCCACUGCUCCUGAAGGAGAUCCUGAGGCACACACCCAAAGACCAUCCUGAUAUCCAGAUCCUGGAGGAAGCUAUAUCUAUAAUCCAAGGAGUCCUCUCUGACAUCAACCUGAAGAAGGGCGAGUCCGAGUGCCAGUACUACAUUGACAAGCUGGAAUACCUGGAUGAGAAGCAGAAGGAUCCAAGGAUUGAAGGCAGCAAAGCUUUACUGUGCCAUGGGGAGCUGAAGAAUAAAAACGGACAUAAACUCUACGUCUUCCUCUUCCAAGACAUCCUGGUGCUGACGCGGCCGGUGACCCGCAACGAGCGCCAGGCCUUCCAGGUCUACAGGCAGCCCAUCCCUGUCCAGGAGCUGCUCCUAGAAGACCUUCAGGAUGGAGAUGUGAAGAUGGGAGGAUCCUUCCGAGGAGCUUUUGGGAAUUCUGAUAAAGCUAAAAACAUCUUCCGAGUUCGCUUCCAAGAUCCCAGCCCAGGUCAAUCCCACACUCUCCAGGCCAACGACAUCUUCCACAAGCAACAAUGGGUCAACUGCAUCCGAGGUGCCAUCGCGCCCUUCCAGCGCCACGCGGCCCCCACGGAGCUCAAGGAGCUGCCAGAGCUCAGUGAGGAGUCUGAGGAGAACAACCCUUCCAUGUCCAACAUCCAAGCCCAGAAGCGCCAGUCAGGAAUAUCCCAGAUGGAGCUGGACGAGAGCACAGCCGAGUGUGGCUCCAUCCUGGACUUGGAGGAAGCCAAAGGUGUGAAAACACAGAGAACCUCAUCCUGGCACAGAAAAUCCAGGGAGAAGCAGCUCAGCGGGAAGAGGAAAGAAACCCUUGUGUAAAGGCAAGAGGAGCCCAGUAAGAUCCUGGGGGAGAACUGUUUAUUUAUAAAUAAGGCCUUGGACAUUGUUGGAAUGGGACACAGCCUG